AUGACUGAUUCGACUACUGAACUGAAAACUGCCUAUUUUAAGCUGUGCCGAGAAAGCAAGCAACGAUUUACCAUAGACUACAAGGAAAAGGACGAGCUCUACCAAGCACUCCAGAAAAAGAUCGGCGAACUCGGUAUUCCACCUGGAAGCGACAUGUGGGCAGUCACUGGCUGUAAUAGCAUACAGAUAAACAGUGCCGACGCACUACUUUCAAUCGUGAAUGAUUGCCCGACGGUAAGAAUUAUUGUGCGAACCGAAAAUGGGUACUCGCCUUCAUCUUCGGACUCCGUCGACAGGGCGCGUGGACCACUAAGACGGAAACAUCGAACGAGGAACCGAAGUCGGACCCGCUCACAUAGUCGCGGCUGGUCCCGCUCGCAUAGUCGUGGCCGAUCCCGCUCACAUAGUCGUGGCCGGUCCUACUUAAAUAGUCGUGAUCAUCGGCGAAAGUGUCAUCACUCUCAUUCCCGAAAUCGUCAUUUAUACUCAAAAGAUCUACAGUCGAAGAGACACGAGCACCACAGCUAUUCUCCAGUAUUCUGCAAUGAAGAAACACUUGACAUCGGCCCUUACAACGGCCAGUCGCCAUUCUCCAGCUUUCCCAGAUCGUGCUUUCUUCCAGGCGAUCCACACUUUGAACACCUACCGAUUUGUGGAAUGGGACACUACCAUGGAGGACACCAACGUUGCGGUAUUUGUGGCGAACCCCUUGGUUACUAG